AUGAGUGAGAGGAGGCGAUCGGCCGCAGCUCUGAGCUCGAGAGCCCACGCGUUUUCCGUGGAGUCCCUUAUCGGAUCCAACAAGAAGAGGAAGCUCCGGGGCUGGGAGGAGAAGGAGCUCGAACUGUCCAUGGAGAGUCUCGCGGCAGACGGAGACGAGCCCGGGCACUGCGCGCUGGACAUGGACCCGGACUCAGAGGCUAGUCCCGGCUCGGACGGAGAGGGUCUGGCGGAGAGGACGUCCUGCUCCUUCGGUUCACCUGCAGAGCUGGCCUCCGGGGCCUGCGACCAGUCUCCCCCGGCCUCCAUGGACGAGAUCCAGGUGGAGCUGCAGUGCGCUGACCUCUGGAAGAGGUUUCACGACAUCGGCACCGAGAUGAUCAUCACAAAAGCUGGAAGGAGGAUGUUUCCUGCCAUGCGAGUGAAGAUUGCAGGUCUGGACCCUCAUCAGCAGUACUACAUCGCCAUGGAUAUAGUUCCCGUGGACAACAAGAGAUACAGAUAUGUGUACCACAGCUCGAAGUGGAUGGUGGCUGGAAAUGCAGAUUCUCCGGUGCCCCCUAGAGUCUACAUCCACCCGGACUCUCUGGCCUCGGGCGACACCUGGAUGAGACAAGUGGUUAGCUUCGACAAACUCAAACUCACCAACAACGAGCUGGAUGACCAAGGACAUAUUAUCCUGCACUCGAUGCACAAGUACCAACCUCGUGUCCACGUGAUCAGGAAGGACUUCAGCAGUGAACUCUCCCCAAACAAACCUGUCCCCACUGGGGAGGGGGUCAAGACCUUCAGCUUCCCCGAGACUGUCUUCACCACUGUCACUGCCUACCAGAACCAGCAGAUCACCAGACUAAAGAUUGACCGAAACCCUUUUGCCAAAGGAUUCAGGGACUCUGGGAGGAACCGGACUGGUUUAGAAGCCAUUAUGGAGACGUACGCUUUCUGGAGACCUCCUGUUCGGACCCUCACGUUUGAGGACUUCACCAACAUGCAGAAGCAACAAGGAGGCAGCACUGGCACCUCUCCCACCACAUCCAGCACAGGGACACCGUCACCCUCGAGUGCUGCACACCUCUUGUCCCCAUCCUGCUCCCCUCCGGCCUUUCACCUCGCUCCAAACACCUUUAAUGUGGGCUGCAGGGAGAGCCAACUGUGUAACCUGGGCCUGACUGAGUACCCCGCCUGCGCACGCAGUAACAUGGCAGCACUGCAGGGCUAUGGAGGUCUGGCUGACAGUUCCUAUGGACGCCUCCAGGCUGCAGGGGGCGCUGUGGCCUCUGGCCAGCCCUCUGACUCCUUCCUGCCCCAGAGGACUUCCUCCCUGAUUGCAGCUGGGAUGCAGGGCAGCUCUCAUGGCUCUCUGCCCGGGGGCAGUGGAGGAGGAGGAGGUGGAAGUAAGAUGGAUGCUUACAGUGGUCAGUUCUCUCAGCUGCAAUACGUGAUGCAGGCGGGAGGGGGCACCAGCUCUGCGCCCUCUUCCUCCUCAGGCUCCUCCUCUUCCUCAGCCCACAUGUUCAGUGGAGGCCACCACCAUGUGCAGCAGGGUUCUUAUAAUGCCUUUUCUCUACACAACCCCUACAACCUGUACGGAUACAACUUCCCCAGCUCCCCACGCCUUGCCGCUAGCCCAGAGAAACCACAGGGUGGGCUGCUGUGCUCCUCUUCUCCAGCAGGGGCCUUUGCAGAGCGCCAGUACCUGUCCAAUGGAAGCAUGGACUCCAUGCACAUGAUUGGGAACCCCUCCGCGGGACAGCAGGGCGGCAGCUCCUGUGACGGCCGUCAGUACGGCUCCUCCUCCCAAAUGUCCAUGCACAUGGUCUAAGCCUUAAUCUGAUCUCUGGACCUGAGCUGUAUACAGCAGGGCAGGAACAAGCAUCUCAAGACACUUAAUGUUAAAAGGAUGGAUUCAAACUAUUAUUUAAAUCUCUUAACAAACUGGAACAACUUCUAGAUUCAGACACUACAGACUUCAGAAAUAAACUGACCGUAUAGCAGUAUUAACAAACAAAUCUGUGCAAUAGCAAUAAAGCAGGAUUCACCUUCACUGUGAUUGAGAAGUGAACUUAAACAGAGCACUUGUGCAGCUUUGGCAGUGGUCCGCGUGACAGCUCUGCCUGAGAGACAGACAGAAGAGGACAUGCUCCUCUCCAUCCUCAUACAGGGUAACAUAAAGUGUACAGUGAACAGCCUCCUCCUCAUGGACUGGAAUGACUUCACUAUUUUUGAGUGGAAAUGUUUCUAAGCAUAUCUAUAUAUAAGGUGGCGAAUGCAAUCAAUAACAUAAGCUUAAAAGUUGUGUGAAAAAUUAUGAAAUAAGCAAUAACAGAGUAUUAUGUAUGUUUGGUGUGCUGUAGAAGUAUUUAAGAGCUGAUUUUACAGGGCAAUCUGUUACAAAUCUGUGUGAAAAACUUUUUUGAGGCAUUUUGAAAAAAUGUAAAUACUGGUGCCAAGCACAUAAAAGCUCAAUAAACA